ACUAUAGCUAUAUUGAUUGGGAUGAGCUUUGUUUUCUGGGUGAUAGUGCAUGGCGUAGCUGACGGCGCUUACAAGGGGCUCAGUACGGUGACCGACGUUCUCGCCGUGAGACCGCCAAAGUGGAGAGAAUCAUACACGCUUGAAUGGAAUGAGAAUAUAAAAGAUCUUCCUUUCUUUAGGAUGGUAACUCCGGAAGGACCUCAGCAAAACAAAGCAUUGUCCUUCUCCUCUAUGCACUACAACUUUGGGAGUCUAGCUCAGCGUGAAGGCUUCAAGGACCAACUGCGCGUACACGGAAUUCGUGCUGGUGUUGCAAACUGCAUUGACCCCAAGGCGUCGGAAGCGACCCGUGGCCAGGCUCUUGACCAUCAAAACCAUGACACGCAUAUUAAAUACCAAUCUGUGCUCAAGUCUUUGGAUAUUCAGGCCUUAUUCUAUGACUUGGAACCUGACUAUGAGUGUCGCAACAUGGAGCAGAGCAUGGCUCACCACAGAGAUCCUAAUGCUCCCCAGAGAUUAGAUGCAGCUGCUAUCACAGCAUUUGAAGAGAGAGAUGACAUCAAGGCUAUGAAAUGGAGAAUUGCUUUCCUGACUGCACAGAUUGCUGGAAAGCCCCAGCUAAAUGAACAACUUGCUGUUGAACGCACACAGCUCUAUAACAGGAAAGCCAAAUGUCUAGAAGCUUGGAAGAAGGCAUUCAUCCAAGAUUGGUGGCAUUCGGCGUACGACGAAUACGUCUCCGGAAACGAAUUCACGGAACGCGACGGAACGUCUUUAUUCAACAUAUAUCAGAAGUAUCUACCAGAGCAUGCUCGUCUCAGAGAAUCCCUCUUCACGGAAACUUCAUUGGAUAGCGUUAUCAGCCAACAAUGCCUAGAGGAUAUAGUUGCGCUUUUCACAUCCACGGAACGUGUCGUUUACUAUCCCGGUCUUUUACCUGAGGAAAAUCGAUGUCCGAUAUGUUCCAAGCUUAUGUCACAGUACGUAUCCUCUGUCGCUUGUUGA